AUGCGUUUCUCAUUGCUUGCCCUUCUGUCUGCGACGACUGUGCUGGGAACUGCCGUCCCAAGCCACCUGCAGUCUCGAGAUGUCUCCAACGACGACUUGAAUCAGUUCAAGUACUGGGUAGAGUUUGCUGCGGCGUCAUACUGCCACGACAACUACGCCUCCAAGGCCGGCCACAAACUGAGCUGCUGGGCCGGCAAUUGCCCGCAGGUAGAAAAGGCCGGGGCCACGAUUGCCUAUGACUUUUCCAACACCACCGCCACCGACACCUCCGGCUUCAUCGCCGUCGACACCACCAACAAAGCAAUUGUCCUAACCUUCCGCGGCUCAUACUCCGUCCGCAACUGGAUCUCCGACGCAGCCUUCCCUUACACAGACCCAGACCUCUGCACCGGCUGCCAAGCCGAGCUAGGCUUCUGGAGCUCCUGGAAACUCGUCCGCGACCCGAUCACCAAGGCUCUGAAUUCCACCGCGGCCCAGCACCCAGACUACGAGCUGGUAGUGGUGGGCCAUAGCCUCGGCGCAGCGGUGGCCACGCUCGCAGCGGCAGAUCUCCGCGGCCGAGGCCAUCCGUCCGCGAAGCUGUAUGCGUAUGCCUCUCCCCGUGUGGGCAACCCGGCCCUAGCCAAGUAUAUUACCGCGCAGAAGAACAAUUUCCGCUUCUCGCAUACUAAUGACCCCGUGCCGAAACUGCCGCUUCUCACCAUGGGGUAUGUGCAUGUUAGUCCCGAGUACUAUAUCAAAUCGCCCAAUAAUGCUACUGUCCGUGCGGGCGAUAUUGAGGUGCUCGAGGGUGAUGUCAAUUUCGAUGGUAAUACUGGGACUGGCGUGCCUGAGUUGACAGCAUUUUCGGCGCAUCAUUGGUAUUUUGAGGAGGCUGAUGGGUGUAAGGGGUCUGGGCUGCCGUUUAAGAGAGUUUGA